GUUCAGCAAUUUUCUCUGCUUUAAUAAAGUUCUUCUAAACUUGUAGCAAGUUUUCUCGCUAGUACAUGCGAGUCGCAAAAAACCCAUUCCAAACCACACCCAUCCUGAAUUUCAUUGGGUAAUAAAAGGUUAAUGGACGUCACUCAACUUCCGUUGACUUCGGUUGGGUGGCCAAACGGUGAAAAACUUGCGUCGACUUGCGUGAAAAUGUGAUCUCGACCGAAGACAGCGCAAGUCAUCGCAAGUCAACCCAAGUUCACUCGAGGCCUUGGCAAACGGAGUCGCAAAUAGACCAAAGUUCUCAACUUCCGCAGUCUACUUGCGAGUCAAUUUGGCCAGGGCUUAACAGUUCGCACUAAAACAUGACAUAUUUAGUCUAUGUUUGGGGAGAUAAAAGACAGCUCUACGCAGGUGGUAAUAUUAUUUGGAGUCAUUAAUUAGGUAUUUAAAUUCAGAGCACGAAGCUGAAGCUUAUUUGAUCCUGUGUGGAUUCUGAUAAAACAUUUGUCGUUAAAACUACAGAUCCACGCAUUGCAGAAUAAUGAAUUUUAUUCCAACAGUUAUGCAAUUGCGAUGUUCGGCCGCCUGGGCAAGUGGAAUACAUGAACAUUUGAAAUAUCUUUCAGCGUUCAACAUUUUUCUGUCCAUCACUGCAGUUCUUGGCAAUAUUCUGAUCCUCGUUGCCCUUCGCAAGGUGUCUUCCCUUCAUCCACCGUCCAAACUCUUGUUUAGAUGUCUGGCCACAACUGAUCUCUGUGUUGGUCUUAUUUCAGAGCCUCUCAAUGUUGUCUAUUGGAUGUCCCAGAUUCACGAACAAUGGAAACUUUGUCGCUACGCACUUGUUUUUAGUGUUAUUGCGGGUUAUACUUUGUCUUCAGUAUCUUUGCUUACAAUGAGUGCAAUAAGCGUGGACAGACUUCUCGCCCUGUUGUUAGGGCUGAGAUACAGACAAGUUGUAACUUUAAAGCGAACAUAUGUGAUUGUAGCAAUCUUUUGGCUUAUGUCCGCUGUUACUUCAAUAUCAUUCCCUAUAAAUUACCAUGUAACUUUAUGGUAUGGCUAUAUAGUUAUACCAUUGUGUCUAGUAACAUCAAUCGUCUCGUACACAAAGAUUUUCCUCAAACUCCGCCAUCGUCAAAUCCAAGUACAGGGCCAUGACCAACAAGAACAACCAGGCCAACCUGUUCCACUGAACAUAGAGCGAUACAGAAAGGCAGUGAUCAGUGCACUGUGGGUGCAGUGUACAUUAGUUGCUUGUUAUUUACCAUAUGGUAUAGCGAGAGCUUCAGUAAGUUAUAGUAAAGUAGAUCCAUCCAAGUUUCUCAUUGUAACACCUACAACAACUUUAGUUUUCUUGAACUCAUCGUUAAACCCGAUUCUUUACUGCUGGAAGAUCAGCGAAGUGAAGCAAGCGGUAAAGGAGACAAUCAGAGAAGCAAUUUGCUGUUUAUCGAGUUAGUUCAGUCAUUGCUAAGUUAUAUUAUAUGUGUUCUCUUCCCGAGAACGGUAAAACUUCAAAUAUUAUUAAUAUUUUGGAAGAGUCUUUGACAAAAAUAUAAUUGGUAAUAAUUUGUAAUAACUUAUGAUAUAAAGUUAUGGUAGUAUAUGAAAGUAUAGGUUUUUUUGUUGUGC